AUGACGGCUCCCAACGACCGUGUCCCCAGCAUCGAGUCGGUCGAUGCCCUUGCCCAGCAUCUGGGCCACCGCGCGAGACUUGCCGGCCCAGACUUUGCCAACAUCUCGGCGGCUGUCAACAGCCUGUGGGCCAUCACUCAGCACCUCGGCUUGGAAAUCCAGGCCCCCGACUCGCUGCUGAACCUCGCCGCCACGGUCACCGGCGAGAACCGUAGCAAUGUCUACACUCGUGAGCUGGCAUCGCUCAUGGAGCACACCGAUUUUACGCUGAAGAAGGUCGCCAUGAUACUCGAGAAGUAUGCGGGAGGGGGUCUCGUUACGGGCGAUCCUGUUAGGGGGGGGACUUCAAGGCGCGGAGUAGACUUGCAGGAGAAGGAGAAGCAAAUUGACCUGAUCCAGAAAGACGUGAUCUCUCAGAAGACAAAGGUAGAGACUUUUCUUGAAACAGUUCAAUUACAUAACCCAGCCAGGUCUCGAAUUGGGAUGGAAGGCUCUGAUGGCUGGGACCUCGACUCGAUCAAGCGCGAAAUGGACGCCAUUGCCCCUAGCCUACUCGGAAACACGGUUUCACCUGCUGGGAGCACUUCGGAAGACCUCUGGCUCGAUUUUAGAACUGAACUCGAGAUGGAAGGCGUUCCCAGCGAUACACUCCACCAAUACAAGGACAUUCUCCAAGCAUAUAUUAGUGAUAUCAGGCCUUGUGGGCCAAUGCAAAACGAGGCGACAUCGUCUGUUCGUGGUUCGGUCGACCGCCAGUCGCUGCCGCCAAUGAUAAAUACCCUCGCAUCCUCCUCAACGCCCAACCGAGCAUUUGCACCCAACGGCACUCGCCCUGAUUAUGACGGGACACUGCAAAUGGCUCGAUCGACUAACCAACCAUCGGGCCCUGGGGGUUCCAAGUCAUUGCAACCAUAUGACAGAACCUCGCAGUCCGCAGUGCAGAAAAGCAAGUCGCACCGCUCCCAGCAUUGGACGUCGUCAGAAUCCUCGGAUUCGGAGCCCAUCAGUUCCUCCGAAACUGCACUUAUCUCGACACGAGACCUGCUGAACUUUGACCGCCGCGAGGCCGACAGAUGUGCGUGGAUGGGUUCCAUGUUUCUGUCGCCCGGCUUGAUGCCGUCCUUGAGUAUCUCGCCUGGCACCUCACCGAACCAUAGGUAUCUUCCUCCAGGGGCAGAUCCGUUGGAGAUGCCCGUGCCUCACCCUCCUAAUAGCGAGUUGCAGCUCGCCCUCCCGCCCCCGUACUCAAGCGGCCUGUCUCCCACCUCGCCUAUCAUGUCACCGCCGCCGGCCUACGGGAGUAGCCCGACUUUCCCAUGCGCCCCAGAUCUCCCCGAGUUCCCUUCCUCGGCCCCUGAGGCGAGCAGCACUAGCAUGCUUCAGCACCAUCCUGCACCGCGACAACGCAGCUAUUUGGCCCCUGAUAGCAAAGGAAACCAAAUCCCGCUAGACGCCGUAUGGACCAGGAUCAAGCGUACGCUUGUCUCGCCCGAGGUCUUGGAGAAAGAAGGUGUACGCUACGAAGCGCGACCCCAAUAUGUCUAUGUCCUCGGGAAACUCUCGGUCGAUCAAAUCGCCGAGCUCGCGCGGAAGAGUAUUGAGGUCCGCAAUACCAGGCGGCCACAAGCCGAGAGAAGCAUCGGCCCCGAAAAGAGCAGCCAGGGCUCUGAACAGCGCCCUGAGACAUACCGUGAUCGAGAGCGAAAGCGGGCUACUAAGGAGUCCACCAGCAGCGACGAGUCUCCCCUGUGGGACAGCGACUCAUCAGGCGACGAGAAACACCAGCACAAGAUCAAGCGUCAGAAUGAUCGUCCCCGGCCGUCAUCGAGACAGAGCUCACAAGAAGACGGCGAGGACGGGGCCAGGGGGGCCAGGGCACCACCUAUUAUUGUGUCACCACCGGCUAGCGUUAACGGCGACCAUGCAUCACCGCACAGUACCGUCGGGCCAAAGCCCAUCCUCAAGAACAAAAACCCCAACCGUGUGCGGUUUGACGGGAAAGGCCCACGUGAGGUGUCUCCGAGCAGCCGCUCGGACAUCUCUCGCCGCGAUCGCGAUCGUGACCGUGACCGUGACCGUGACCAUGACCGUGUCCGUACCCGAGACAGAAGCCGUGGUGAUCGGGACCGGGAGCGCCUUCGUGAUCGCGACAGAGACAGGGAUAGGGACCGGGAGCGCGAGCGCGAGAGAGACAAGCCAAAAGACAGGAACCGAGACAGAGACCAUAGGGACCGAGACCGAGAUCACCGCUCCUCGUCUCGCCGUCACACCGACAGAGACCGGGAGCGCAACCGGGAUCGCGACCGUGGCGACCGUAGCGACCGCGGCGACCGUGGCGAUCGUGGCGACCGCGAUGACCGUCCCAAGAAGAGCAGCACGCUGAGUGCUGUGGGCAUUGGCGGCACCGCGGCUGCCCUGCUGACUGCACUGACGGAGGUUGCCGCCCACCUCUGA